GGUUGAACUAGCUCACGAAAGACCGCAAUAGACUAGUUUGAUAUAUCACCUUGGAAUUCUGUAGUGAUAAGUGAUGAUGUUGUGAUUGAAGUUUAAUAAAUUGGAAACUACAACAGAUAAUUGGAAACUACAACAGUCUUCAAAUACAUGAAUUGCUAGAAUGAAGUUAGAACAUAAAAAAACGUUCAUUUUAAUAACAGCUGCAUGGACAGUGAUACUGAUAGGUGUCUUUCAUCAUCAACAUACAAAAGGAACAUCAAUUAACAAGAACACUUCAAGGAGAACAAUAGUUAAAUACAAUCAAACAAUCCAAACUAACAUACCAGGAAUAAAAUCAAGCAUACAACACCAAAUGACAAACAAAAAGGAAGUGAUUUCAAAAUUAAAUGGAAAACAUGACAUAAAUAGUCAAAGUCAAGAAACUAAAAUAUAUGAAACGUUUAGGUCAAACAAGACAAAUAAAGGAGAAAAGGAAAAUAGAAAUAUCUCAGUUUCUAUAACAGAAAGAACUAAAAUUAUUAAAAGACAUAAAAUACAUGUAAAUGACACUAAAGUACUCCAAAGAGUUGAACAUUUUCAACACAUUGAUAUCACUAACCUUCGAGUUUUUGUCUAUGAGUUGGACCCAAAGUUAAACCUAGAUGCAGUAGAAUGUCUUAAUAAAAGACCAAAAAACUACACACACGGUGUUGCUUGCCACUAUGAUGAAAAUCUUGGCUAUGGACGUGCUAAUGGAGAAUUAGCUAGAGGGGUGAAGACCUUUAGGCAGUGCCAACAUGGUAUAGAAGUGAUAUUUCAUAACAAACUCUUGAAGAGUCCAUUUAGAACAGAAAAUCCUGAUGAUGCUGAUUUGUUUUUUGUACCAUAUUACGCUUCCUUGAUUUGCUUCUGCCAAGAGAAUGUGAAACAUUCAGACACAGCAAUUUGGAAGGUACUUAAAGUAUCAAAGCCGUACAUACAGAAGAAGCCUCAUUUCUUUGCCAUAGGAGUUCCACAAGGGGAUUUAUUCUCAAAUCCAAAAUGGACCCCCCACUGUCAUUUUCUAAGGAACAGACCACACUUGGAUUUCGUGAAGUAUGCACACAUUGAGUCCAGUCCUCUGUUAAAAGAUGGCGUCGAUAUACCAAGAGAAUCAUAUAUUCAUUUCGACACCCCUGAUGUAGAGUUACCACGCAUCAAUAAAGACAUUUUAGUCUUCAUGGCAGGAAAAACACUUGGAAAGUCCCUUCGGAAAAUACUGAUUCGACAGUUAACUGAUAAACGAGCCAAUAAUUCAAGGAAAAAUGGGACAUAUUUUGACAUGACCAGGGGAAAAAAGUCUUGUUCGGAUUCUGCAUCAAAGGACAUGUUUAAGUGUUUACUCAAGACAGCACAAAGGAGCAUAUUUUGCCUCCAGCCCCCUGGGGACACCCCGACCAGGAAGUCAUUCUAUGAUAUGUUGCUGACAGGGUGUAUACCAGUGAUAUUUACCCCCCACCCGUCAUAUUUCUACCCCUUCCAGAAUCUCAUCAAGUAUAACUAUCCUUUCAAUUAUGACAAAUUUACCAUUUUUAUCAAAGAGAAACGUAUUACUAAACGAGGAGAGAACAUCAUUGAUAUAUUGUCCAAAAUCCCUAAACAUAAGAUCCGGAGUAUGCAGGAACAUUUGAAGAUGAUUGCCAAAUAUUUCCAGUAUGGGACAUAUGGGAAUGGGGAGGAUGCCUUCACUAUGAGCCUAAGGACAAUUCUAACUGCAUUCCAUAUUGAAGGAAAAUUUCUAAAGAAACAAACAUGAAAUCAGAUUAAGACAUCUAAAAAACUAGGAUUACUAUAUUCAUUCAGUAGUUGUUGGGAGUUAACUUCGUUGAAUCCCCAAAUUACUUUAUUCAAUAAAGCCUAUAUGGAUGUCCAAAUUACCCCCUCUCUGUGUUAAGAAGGUGGUAAAGUAUAUGUUGACAGUCAGUUAAGUAUGUUUUUUGUUGUUGUAAUUUUGACAUAUCUUCUGUAUCAUCUGUUUCUGGCUUUAAAAUAACAUUCAUUCACAUUACCAUCUUGGCACAAGGAGGAAACUUACAGAUAUGUGCUACUUUACAUUUCAAUGUUAAUGUGAAUGGUGAUCCCAAAUCUCUUUCAA